CGUUAAAAAGAUUGAUGUGUUGAGUUAUUUCGUUAAGGGUGCUGUCAGCGAGAAAAAAGUAGAAAAUGUUAUUGUUUUAUUUUCGUUGUCGUUGUUAAGUGUAACGCAGUGCAAAAUCUGGGCAGGAACGGUCGCAAAAUUAUGCUAUUGAACGUUACUUAGUGCCCUACAGUUUGAGCGUGAAAAUGAAUUUCUUUAUCCCGAAUGAAGUGAAGCGCGAAGGGAUUUACCUUCAGCAUCAGCUCGGUCCGCCGCUAAUCCAUCAGCAGCAUCACCAACUGCCCCAGCAGUCCCAGCAUCAGCUGCUCGGCUUUCCGCAUCCCGGCAUGAUCGUUAAUUUGAAAAAGGAAGAGUUCGAUCCGUACGAGAAGUUGCCGGAAGGGCAGGCGCAUAAUCAGCAGCAUGUGCUGCAGCUGCAGCAGCAGGCCCAGAUGGUAGGACUGCAGCAGCAUCUCUCUGCCCAGAUGCAGUCUCAGCUUGCUGCACAGCAACACCAGCAGCAGCAGCAGCAGCAGCAGCAGCAGCAGCAACAGCAGCAGCAGCAACAACAAUCGCAACAACAGUCACAGCAGCAGCAACAGCCGCCAACACCGUCGCAAUCCCAACAGCAGCAACAACAAACACCUCAGGCGCAAUCCUCAACGGCAACCACUGCCUCGACGACAACGACGACAACGACCACCACCACCGGUACGGGUAAAAAGAAAAAGAAAGGCAAAGCGAACCGGAACAUUGUAAUCCCGCAGCUACCGGAAGGGUUCAUCGUGAAGGUGAAGGAAGAGUACACGGAAAACUACGUCCGCACCGUGACGAAAAUCCCCGAAGUAUGGUGGAACCAGGAACAGUUCAUCCGUACGGUCAAGUCGCCCGGCAAGAAGGAACGCAAGUACCACGACUACAACGCGGUCAGCGAGCACCAGUGCGAUGUGUGCGGGAAGUAUUUCAAGGAUAAGUACAAGCUGAACUACCACGUGCGCAUCCACGUGCCGGAACUGUCGCACCGGUGCGACGUUUGCGGCAAGGUGUUUGCGCACCAGUCGACGCUUCAUAAUCACAAGCGUAUCCACACAGGUGAGCGUGCGUUCAAGUGUCUAACCUGCGGUAAGGCGUUCGUACAAUCGUCGGCCCUGUCGAACCACACGAAAAUACACACCGGCGAGCGGCCGCACGAGUGCCUGAUCUGUGGCAUUAGCUUCAUCCAGAAGAUCAACCUUAUCUACCACAUCCGCAUACACAACGGCGAGCGUCCGUACCGGUGCAACAUCUGCCAGAAGUCGUUCAUCCAGCAGAGCCAUAUAAAGAACCACAUGAAGGUGCACAAGAAGGACAAUCCGCUCGAUUGCAGCAUGUGCGGUAAGAACUACAGCGAUCUCAACGAGCUGACCGAACACUACUCGUCGCACCACACGGCCGAGCUGACCUUCCGCUGUCAGGCGUGCGGCAAAUCCUUCGCCCAGGCCAACCAUUUGAAGAUUCACAAGAAAAACUUCUGCAACAGCAAGUCGAACUAAAACCACCCGCACUGUUCGCCCCCCCAGGAACAGGAGCCCAGAAGGGGCGGCAGGGGUUUUCCUUCCCAGUUUUCCCUGCUCGUCUUGAUUUUUGUUCCGUUUUAUUCUGCUCCACGCGCAAGUUGUGUUUUGCUUUCUAUAGUUUUUUGUUUGUUUUAUUUUUAAUCGCAUUUUUGUGUGUGGCGUGUGGAACACGCGCACGUAGAAGAACCUCUCCUAAUGUAGGCAACAACAGCUGGCAGUCAGUAGAGUACCGACCGACCAUGUCGUAUACAGGCGCGGAGCAGCGCUGUAAUGUGGCGUUUAAAUGUGGAAUGUUAAUUUGUGUUCUGCUUACCCUUUUACAGAUGAUACAAAUGUCGUUUAUGUUUUAGUUACUAGCACAAAGUUCAAAGUAUCGUUACAAACGCAGGACAAGGUAGAAGCGAUAAACCAAUAGAGAAACAGAUAGAGCACGCAACAGAAUGAAUCCGGCAACCGGUUGCUCGGUUGCUCAAUAAGUUCCCUUUCCCGCUCGAUCCCACUCCCAAAACAAACAAACAAUUGUAAAUUUAUUGUAACCGUUCGUUGUAACUGCUGCCACUUCACUCUAAUCAAUCGUAAUCAUCUCGUACUUUCAAAAUUAAUGCUUCUAAAUUGAUCAUCGAUAAGCUGCCGAUCGAUGCGCGCGCGAUCACGUGUGUAACUGUAUCCCGACCAGUAAACAAAUGCUUCUCCACAGCCCGGAUGUCCUUCAUCGGCGGGGAGUGGAGUGUUUAACAAAAAGGGUUAAAAAAGAAACAUAAAGUAAAAAAGAGCACACACACACACAAAAACAUUAGAGUAGUGCGUCGGCUCCUUUCUGGAACAGUAGCCGUUAACGAGCCGUUAACGAGUUGUUAGUGGAACAGGCAGCGCCAUUUCACGAGCGAUCCGGAGCGGUGGCAUAUUAUAGAUUAAUUAACCAACGUACCGCGUUGUCGGCAAGCAAAAAGGCGUUCGGGAACGGCAACAGUAGUUGGGUGUGGUGCAGCAAUUUAAACGCGUGCAGAAAACCGGAACUUAUUGAUUAAUAAAAUCAAAAACAAAUGUAGAGAGCUGUAUGUGAAACUAUA